CGUUGGGGGCCAUUGGGAAGUUGGAUGUGGAGAUGCAGUCGGGAUGGAGGUUUUUCAAAAAUUUCACCUGAAGCAUUCUGAAAGAACAUUUUGGUGGGGAACGAACGUCGUGUGCAUUGUUUUGCCAUGACAUACAUGCCCCCUCAACUGAAUGCAUUCAGAAAGCGUUUUACUAGCAGAUCCUUUUAGGAAAAGGAAACUGCAAGUGAAAAAACUGCAUGUUUGCUUUUUGCCGCAGUUCAUUCACGUAUCUAAUUAACUGCGUUUGUUCAAGAGAAUGUGCUUCAAUUUCAGUGGAUCGGGCUUCACCCUUUCCAUCAUCAAAGGGUUUAGAGAGAUUGACAUGGCCAUAUCAGAGAAUUUUUGUGGAUAUACUUUGUGCAGGGAACCCCGCUGAAAGCAUUUCACCUGGUAGCAGAACGAGCACCACUGGUACCCCCAACUGUCAUCUAUUUGGUGGGCCUGGGUGCCCCCACCCGAAUCCUACAGUGUACCAAGACGCUGAGGCCAUCUGAGGCCUAUACCAGCCAUGGCACGUUCGAUUUCCCAUUCGCUUCCCUUGUCUCAGGAGCUACCCUUGACUUCUUGGCAUGAGGAUGCCUAUUGGGCGCCCUAUGCUACAUACAUGGAGGAUGUGGGCGAGAAGGGUUUGAGGCUGACCGCGGCCUUGAACAAGUGCGAGCGAUUUCGGAACGUUGGUCUGAAGAAAGGCGCUGGAUUCACCCUCAACGCAUUGAAGGAAAAAUUCGGAGCUGGAAUUUUGUUGAGAGAGUUUGCACUGGAGAUGACCUUAGCAGCGCCGAGCGACAUCAUGUCCUUGCUUUGGGUGUCUUUGCGCCUGGAACUUCCAUGCUCACCCUUUAUGCCCAUGUAUCAGGUGAUGGUGCCAGAGGGUUCAACCACGCCUGUUUGCAAGGGUGUCUUUGGCAUGUUGAUGCUGAACACGGCCACCAUGAGUGUCCUCAAUGACAACCGCAUCUAUGAGGAGGUGGCAGCGCCACUGCGGAAGGCAUUCAAUCUCAAUAAGCCCAAUGGCAGUGAAGGGGUCCCCAAGUUCCCUCGCAUUUAUCCCUCGAGGGGUUCACCCUUCAGACCAACGCAACUCCUUGGCUGUUCCUACACCAUCAUGCCAAGCGACUGUGAUAUGUACCGGGUGAUCUUCCAUCCGCAGAUGGUCGCAGUAUGUGAGAAGGUUAACUACGCCGUAGGGGCCCCCUUCUGCGGGACACCUGCCGUGGCAAUCUAUGCCAACUUGGCCAAGCCCGCAGGCGUGGACGAUCAGUUCGAUGUGCGUGUCUUCGUGGAAGCCACGGCCCAGCAGCACCGUGUGCUCUAUUUGUUCUCGGCAGCUGGCGUCGGGGUGAUGACCGCCUUCUUGGUCUAUGGUGCGCCACCUGGUCAGCUGUUUUCCGAGGACAUCACCGCGUGUGGCGCGCCCAAGUUCGGAGCACUGGAGACCUUUGGCCGCGCGGUGGCACCGACACCACCGGCGCCCGACAAAAGCAUGGACUUGACGAGGUGCUCUCGGAGCUAGUGUGCUGCGAG